UGGGAGUUGUAGUUCCUAUCUUUCUUACCGCAGCUCCACGCUCUUCCUGGAUACUGAGGCGCGAGGGACCGCGUUCAGAGCACAGCACCAGCGACCCGAGGCCACGUCGCGAGGGCGGGCUAGGGGCCGCAGGGCCAGACCAGGGGGCAUGCUUGCAAGGCCCUGCCAGCAUUCGGGGACAUGGAGGAGUUGCGGCGCUCCUACAGCCGCCUGUGCAAGGAAAGUGGGGCCGAACCCCAGGAGGCUGUCCUGCAGCAGCUACACCAGCUUCCGCGGGGCCGACUGGACCUGGCAACUCAGAGCCUGACGGUGGACACCUGCAGGGCCCUUGGCAAGCUGCUGCAUGAUGAGAAGCUGUUGAAGGAGCUUGUCCUCAGCGACUGCAUGCUGAGUGAGGAAGGGUCCACACUGCUGUUCCAAGGGCUGUGUGCCAACACCACUGUGCAACAUCUGGAUCUAAAGGGCAACAACCUCCGAGCUACAGGAGCCGAGGCUCUGGGAAAGCUCCUUCGCCAGAGCAAAUCCAUUCAGAGUCUUACCCUAGAGUGGAACAACGUGGGCAUGUGGGAAGACGCCUUUGCCUCCUUCUGUGGGGGCCUAGCAGCCAAUAGCACCCUGCGGCAGCUGGACCUCAGAAACAACCAAAUAAGUCAUAAGGGAGCCGAGGAACUGGCCCUGGCCCUGAAGGGCAACACCACCCUCCAGCACCUGGACCUGCGCUGGAAUAACAUUGGCCUCCUGGGGGGCCGGGCCCUGGUGAACUGUCUCCCCAGCAACAGAACCCUGCAGAGGUUGGACCUGGCUGGGAACAACAUCCCUGGGGACAUCCUGAGAGCUGUGGAACAAGCCAUGGACCACAACCAGGACCGGCUCACUGCGUUUCGGGAGAACCAAGCCCGCACCAACAUCCUUAGCAAGGAGGUUCACCACCUCCAGGAAGAGAAGUCCAAGCAGUUUCUGGAUUUGAUGGAGACCAUUGAUAAGCAACGGGAAGAGAUGGCCAGAAACGGCAGGGCAUCAGCAGCACGAGUUGGGCAGCUCCAGGAAGCCCUCAACGAGAGACAGUCCAUCAUCAAUGCCCUCAAAGCCAAGCUGCAGAUGACAGAGGCUGCUCUGGCUCUGUCAGAGCAGAAGGCCCAGGACCUGGGGGAACUGCUGACCACAGCGGAACAGGAACGGCAGAGCCUGUCACAGAGGCAGGAGAAGGAGCGCAAGCUGGAGCAGCAGGAAGCUGCAGAUCGGGAAUCUAAGCUCCUCAGGGAUCUGUCCGCCUCCAAUGAGAAGAACCUGCUGCUUAGAAGCCAGGUGGAGGAGUUGGAGCGGAAGGUAAAGUCUCAGCAGGAGCAGCUGUUUCUGACCAGGCAGGAGCUGACUAACACGUCCGCCGAGUUGAAGAUCCGUGCUAUUCAGGCUGAGGAGCGCUUGGAUGUGGAGAAGAGGAGAGCCAAACAGAAUAUGGAAGACUUGGAAAAGCUGCACUCCAAGGAGGUGGAUCACAUGACCCGUCACCUAGAGGAGAGUGAGAGGGCCAUGCAGGAGAGGGUGCAGAGACUAGAGGCUCUGCGGCUGUCCUUGGAAGAGGAGCUGGGCCGCGUGAAGGCGGCACUGCACAGUGAGCGCGGCCAAGCUGAGGAGGAGCUCAUCAAAGCCAGGAACCAGGCCCGCCUGGAGGAGCAACACCGCCUUGCUCAUCUGGAGGAGAAGAUUCGGCUGUUGGCACAGGCAAGGGAUGAGGCUCAGGGUACUUGCCUGCAGCAGAAGCAGGUGGUGGCUGAGUCCCAGGCCCGGGCCAGCCAGCUGAACCUGCAAAUAGAGGGCCAGCAGAGGCGUCUGGAAGAACUGCAGCAGGAGCUGAGCAACAAGGACCAAGAAAAAGUGGCUGAGGUGACCAGGGUGAGGGUUGAGCUGCAGGAACAGAUGGGCCGUAUGCAGGCCGACCUGGUGGCCCAGGAGCUGCUGAGGGAGAAGGUGGCAGCCUUGGAGCGGCAGCUGAAAGUGAUCGGGAGUGAACACCGGGAGGCGCUGCUGGACAGAGAGAGUGAGAACGCGUCUCUCCGAGAAAAGCUAAGGCUCAAAGAGGCAGAGAUCUCACGCAUCCGGGAUGAAGAGGCCCAGAGGGCAAGCUUCCUGCAAAAUGCUGUCCUGGCUUACGUUCAGGGGUCUCCUCUGAGAGCCUUGAGUCCCCCUAAAUGAAGGGGGGAAGGGAGGCCGGGAGCUCCCUGCGAGUGCAGAAAUGCCAUAUAUAUCAUUCUCAAAGGAAGGCUUGGGGUUCAGAAGCGUCAGCUGCAGUGUCAGGGUGGGGUUCUGCCAACGUUGGUGCUCACCGGCACCCCUGCCCAUCCAAGGUAGCUCACCCGGAGGUCACCACGGUAUAGUCGAGACGAAGUGCGCAGAAAUGCGCUCAGAAGACCCAAUCCUAGAACAACUGCUGUAGGAGGGAACAGAUGCCCCAAUGGCAGGGUGGAAAUACAGGACUUUUUAUACUUGGUGAUA